UCCCUCACUCCUCCCUCGUUCUCAACAAAACCUCUCUUCCUUUGUUCCUUCUAGAGCAACGGCCACUUGUGACAAGGGUGCGCCACGCGAGGCUCAAUUUGAGAGAGAGGCGCGCGAUCGUCGCGUCCCAUUGGCCGGUUCGCGCCCCUCCCACGUGUUCGCCACGUUGAUUGGUGGACGUGAGAGGUUCGAAAAGAGCCCUCGAAACAAGGGUGCCUCUUCAGUGCCUCUCGAUAUCGUUGAAUGUGUUCGCGUGUCGCAGCUCUCGAUAUUUUCGUCGGUCGAAGAAAAGUCGAAAACGAUCGUGCCGUAGGUGAUCAAAUAGUUAGAACAGUGGCUGAGAAAACGGAUAGUGAGGCCCGGUCCGGUGACGAGGAGCCGAAGAAGAUGCCGCCGUCGUCGUCGUCGGUUGAGGCGAAGAGUGCCGCGACACCUCCGGUUUCCGCCGCCAAUCCGGCCGCCUUGUUCGCCUGGCCGCCCCUGAUUUUCCAUCCGUGGAUGCCGCUGCUGCCUGGAGCACUAUAUUCCAGUGCGAUGAGAAGUGCUUUACCAGGAUUAAUCGACAGCAUAAAAAUGACGUCAUCGAUAGGUAACCAAAGACAGCCGGGCGGAUUUGCUAUUAGUGAUAUUCUGGAGUUGGAUAGGCAGACGAAUCAGCAUCAUGAAUUGGAUCCAAGUUUGAACGAGAACAUGUAUACCACGACUGAUUUGUCAUAUUUACCGAGAAGAUGGCCUCAGAUAUCAGAACAUGCGUUGCCAAAUCUUCAACAUACCCAUAUUCAACCUUCAAUGAUCCCAGGUCUCCAUCCCCCUCAAGUAUCCCCAGAUAGUACGAGUCCGCCCAUAUCAGAUCGGUCGAGUGUCGAACCUCAUAGUCUCUCUGACCAUAACAUGCCCAUGGGAUUGCCGAUGAGUGUCAAAAUGGAAAGCAACCCCUCGAUCACCAACGAUGGAAUUAGUGAAAACGAUGACAUCGAUGAUGGAGCGGAUGAUGAUGGAAAGGACGACGACAGAGAUCAGAAGACAGGGACCAGUCAAAAAAAGAGAAAGAGGCGGGUUUUAUUUUCCAAAGCCCAAACUUACGAAUUGGAGAGGAGGUUCAGACAGCAAAAGUAUUUAUCAGCUCCAGAGAGGGAGCACCUAGCCUCAAUUAUUCGAUUAACGCCCACACAAGUCAAAAUAUGGUUCCAAAAUCAUCGAUACAAAACUAAAAGGGCGCAACACGAAAAAGGUAUGCACGAUCAGCAGAACAACAACCCCCUACCGUCACCGAGAAGAGUGGCAGUACCGGUGCUCGUGAAAGAUGGCAGGCCAUGCUUGGGCGGUGCGUCAAAACCACAAGACAAUAUGCAAUUACCUCCUGGGCACCAUUUGAGUUCCUUAAUGGGUGCCCACGGUCCACCGCACCCGAUUUUGUACGGCCAACCGACCUGGUGGUAAUAGUGUAAUUAGCGCGAAAUGUGAAAUGAAAAAUAGGGAAAUUUAAUAUAUGUUUUCUUUUUGG